AUGCCGAGCAGUGGGGAGGGCAACGCGCGCGCGCUGGGCGAGCCACUCUUGGCUCACGAAUGUGGCCCAGAGCCGUGGCAGCGGGCCGGGCUGCCCGAGGCCGCCGCACACUCCGCACAGGGAGAGACGAGGAGGGAGGAGGGCGGCCCGUACGCCCUCCCGGUUUCAAGUGCACCUAAAAAGCCUCGAGGCCGAUUGGUGGCAGAGCUGCAGAUUGAGACCCUUUCGACGACGUUCGCACGCGUGUUCUUUUACUCGUGGUACCUAGUGCUCUUCUUGGCCCUGCUUCUGCAGUCCGUGGUUUCGCUGCAGUGGAAAAUGACCAACAUAUGUGGGGCCACGCCGGAGAGCCUCUAUCAGCUUGACACAUGGAGUAGCCCCUGUGUUGAGAGUCGCGUGGUGCCAUCCCGUGCCAUUGACUGGUCCAGCUUCGCCGUGGGUGGAGAGACGCUUGCUGUUCCCGUGGACCUUGUGCAGGCCUCCACGUUGGGUGGGGAGGCCGCGGUGCCGUCGACGGCGCGGGACGCUGUGGUGCGGAAUGAUACGCGGCUCCGUCGCCAGUGCAAUCUCCGCUGGGUGGGUGGUGGCGAAGGAAUGUCCUUGGACGUCAAGCUCAACCGCUUCGUGCGUGUCAUUCUGAGCAUGGCCUCACCACAGGACCAGUUGCCGGAGGGAGUUGAGUGGAAGCGGUACCCACUCUUGGUGGCCCUUGAGGAGUCACCACUCGCGCCAGAUAACGAGACGAGCAGCAGUAGUCGUGUCCCGCCUUCGAAGGAAGCCUUUUUUUACAACACCAGUACGGUGUGCCAUCGUGCCAGCCCGCGUUGUUCCUCCGUGGUGCUUCCACAGACUGUGGCGGUGGCCACGAACGAGUCGCAAAUUACGCUUACCAUCUUUGGCGUGGACGAGGCUUUAGGAAACGUUUCGGCUGCAUCGGCCGUGGGGAUAUUCUUUCAAAGGUCUUCGUACACCAUGAGCACCAUUGUUUGCCGCUACCUCUUUCUUUUCUUCUCCAUCCUCCAACUCAUUCGGUUUAUCUACCGCAAGCGGUACUCGAGGACCUUGUAUGAGCAGUACUGGGUGAUGGUUCUGCACCUGGCGCUUUACCUUUACCUCGACCCCGCUUUUGUUGCGGGUAUCUACGCAACUCACAGCAGCAUGGUGUAUCACUUUUUGGAGUUUCGCGUUCCGACCUACUUUGCCGCCUUUCUGAGCUGUUUUAUCUUUGCAUUUAUUACGGCCUCCAUAACCUGGGCGGCGGGCACAGGCGGGGCGACGGCGCGGUACCGGCCCCUGACAGAGCAUGAGGGAGGAAUGCAAAGUGUGGGGCCGUGCCCCUCCGCGGCAGCCCCGUCGCCGCCCUUGCGAACCCCACGACUGACGGUUGGCGUACCACCCACGGCAGCACCAUCGCUCCAACAGCAGCUUCAUCACGACGAGGAGCAACACUUGACACCAAGGGACAUCUCGCGGCGGGCGUCCUUUGCGGGCUCCGAUGGGGUUCGUCCUAUUGACGUGAUACAUCGCGCCACUCCGCUCUGGGCGAAGAUGUCAAUGACAAACUAUUUACUGGCUGUCUUUUUCCUUGACGUUGCCCAAGCGUACCUUGGGGGCUGGGAUUGGGGAACGGAUAUGGCGUGCGUGAGCUUCGCGUGCCUGUAUAUGCGUUACACCCUUUACAGCCUCAUGCUGAUUUUUAUUGUUUUGUGUUGUGUGUUGCUUGUGCAACUUCACCGCAGUCUUGGACGUCUCCCGUACUUGGAGACGCGGCCGUCGCAGCUGGCAUGUCGUGUGUUUAUUUUUGUCUUCACGACGGCCUUGACGUACUUUAUUGUGCAGGUGACCCUGAUUGCCUUUCUCUACCCUCAGAUCCUCGGCAUCGUGGCCUACCAGCCGUUCACGCAGCUCUCUGCGGUGAUUGUCUCUACCUUCUUUGUAAACUACGUGACGUUUGUCUACACGACCACGGUUGCCUCUCGUCGUGUGCCGAUUCGCCCUGAGAAUCCGCAUUGGCGUCGUGUUCGAUGGUCGCGCGAGUGGUAUCGCUGGCUCAACCUCCACGGUGGGAUACUCUACAUCUUUCACAACGAGCGGCAGGAGCGAUACUUUAACUGGCUGCAGGACAACGGGAAGAAGUUCACAAGGGGGCGCGGUGGGGAAACCGUUUCGGCUGGGAAGCAACAGCGCGGGGAGGCAGCGAAUGGCUUUGUGCGAGGGGGCGGGGGGGCGGAUGCCGUCGCCGCUUCCUUGGAUCGUGUGGGAAAGACGUAUCGCCAGGCGGCGACAGCGGCGGGGGUUGCGGGUGUUGACAGGAGCUUCUCGCCAGAGAGCGGCAGCGGCAGCAGCGACAGCGACAGCGACCUCGAUGGCGGUCGCGAGGGCUCACCGGCGGGGGGGCCGCAUUCUCCCCGCGUCCCGCAGUCCCGGAGUGGGGUGGUGGAGUUUCUGGAGAAGGCCGAGCGUCAGUUGAUUGACGGGCCCGCCGUUUUUAUCGACCACCUCGAGGAGGCGCUGGUGGACCCGCUGCAAGCACUCCUCUUUCGCCGCAGGGGCCGAAUGCCCUUCUUCAACCUUGAGACCGCCACGGACUGCCUCAACUUGUCGUGGGAGGCGUACUUGCCGACGGAGAGGCAGGAGGCGACCGAGCGGGUGACGGAGGCGGCCGAGGUCGCAGAGGGGCCCGCCGCUGCUCUGUUUCAGCGUCUCCAGCGCCGUUAUUUCUCCUGCGGCCCCGCGGUUGGCGGGGAGACGCAUGGUAAUGGUGACGACGACGGCAGCGGUGGCGGUGAGGCAGACGGGGGCAAACGCCACAACGGCAGUCCUCAUGACGGCGGCGAGUCAGGAAGAGAGGGUGAGACGCAGGCGGAGACACCCGCUGUGCCUCUGGCGAAGGAGCCCUUGCCCGCUUCAGAGAUGAGCACGGAGCAGUACGGCUACAAGCAGCUUGCCGUGUUUGAGGUUCGUGAAGUGCGGGUGGUCAUCACGGUCAUGGACACAACUCUUCCUUGCCACCAUCGCAAGCUUCCGCGUCUUGUGAUAGCGUUUCGCGGCACGGACAAUCUUUCUAACGCCCGCGAGGAUUUGCGUUUCCGUCAACGCAUUUGGAGAGAAGUUGACGCCCUGCGCAACUGGGGCCUCAAGCGGCGCGCCAAAGUCCACACGGGAUUUCUGACCAUGUGGCUUUCACUCAAGGAGGCGGUGCUUCACACGACUAAGUCGUACUUGAGUGAACACCCCGAAGAGGUAUACGGUGUGUAUUGCACAGGCCACAGUCUUGGCGGCGCGCUUGCGACGCUCUGUGCGUACAGUAUGCAGCGAAUGCUACGCCUCAUGGCCUAUCCACUUCUGGAGGUGACGGUUUACACCUUUGGGCAACCGCCACUUGGCAAUAAGGUCUUUCAGACGGCCUACAACAAGGCUGUUCCACGCACCUUUCGUGUCGUGAAUGAGAGUGACGCGGUGUCCUUCCUCACGCUCUUUGGGGGUUGUCAUGUGGGUAUUGAAGUGGACAUUGACCGCCACGGCAACUACAUCUGCAAGCCGAUGUUUAUUGAGCGCUGGUUCCGCCCUACGCAGGGCAGGGGGUUCGCCGUUGCGAACCACACACUUGCCUCCUACGCCCAAUCCCUCAAUGCCGUGGCGGCGCGCAAUAGUGGGGGUUCCUGCAAAGUGCGUUGCCUGGAGCCGUACGUCAGCAGCACGGAGGCGGUGUCGGGCGCCGCCGCGCCGCAGUCGGUGCAUUCUCCUCCGUUGUCCGUGUAG